UCCUUUCACCCCCAAAAAAAUCUUUUAACUCUCUCAAAAUUAAAAAUUACAACUGAUUUUUUUUUAAUUAAUUUAAAAAAUGGGUUUCUCUGGGUUUCCAAAUUCGAUUCUUGUUCUUCUCUUUGCCUUAUUCAAUCUGUUGGAUUUGGGGGUUGGAGCGAGAAAGCUUGCUUCUUUGUAUCAGCCGCCGGCCAUGGCCAUUAGUUACCAUAAUGGGGCUCUUCUUGAAGGGGAUGUUCCUGUUUCCGUUCUCUGGUAUGGUAAUUUCACGGCGCCUCAGAAAGCCAUUGUGGCCGAUUUUUUGCUCUCCCUCAAUCCGCUUGCGCCAGUUGGCCAUGUGGCCGCCGCCGCCGCCGCCGCUCCGUCCGUGUCUCGCUGGUGGAGUACUGUCCAGGUUUAUAUGAAAAAAGCCGGCAAGAAAAACGCCCGGAUUGUUUUAGCGAACCAAGAAGCAGACCAAAACUACUCCAUCGGAAAAAUCUUAAAGAAGUCCCAAAUUUCGGGGCUUUCUCGGAGGGCCGGCUCGAAACACGGCGGCGUGGCUCUGGUCCUCACGGCGGAGGACGUCACCGUGGAGGGAUUUUGUAUGAGCAACUGCGGGUUUCACGGUUCUGACAGCAAAACGACGUCGCCCUUCAUCUGGGUCGGUAACUCAGCGAGUCAAUGCCCGGGUGAAUGCGCCUGGCCUUUCCACCAGCCCAUCUACGGCCCACAGACGCCGCCGCUCCUGCCGCCCAACGCCGACGUCGGACUCGACGGCAUGAUAGUCAACAUCGCAACUCUUCUGGCCGGAACUGCCACGGACCCGUUCGGAAACGGCUACUUUCUGGGGUCGCCGGAGGCGCCGCUGGAGGCGGCGACGGCGUGUACUGGAGUGUACGGAAAGGGUGCUUAUCCGGGAUACACCGGCGAGCUGCUGCGGGACGAGAGCAGCGGCGCGAGUUAUAACGCCGCCGGCGUCGGAAACAGAAAGUAUCUGUUGCCGGCGUUGUUCGAUCCUUCGACUUCUCGGUGCUCUACGCUAGUUUGACCCGCGGGGGAUUUUAGCAGGUUUGAGAGAGAGAAAGAGAAAAAGAGAAACGGGAGGUGGUUCCUCACGUGACAUUGUACAUAUGGUGGUAUAAUAUAAGAUAUGCGUGUGUAAAAAGUUGACAACAGAAAUAAUAAAUGGUUCUGUAAAUGGAUAUUUUCUUC